GUCUUUUUAGAAAGUUCUCUAUAUAUAUUUAUAGAUGAGAAAAAGCUCGCUGAUUAAUGUGAAGCGACGCGCCCGGGUCCAGGGCUCUUCCGGCGGCAAUAGGCGCCAGCUAGGUGGAUUAGUCUUGGUACUCCCUGUAAUGCAGGGUAGGUAGGUACAUUAGCAUUUCGACCCUUGUCCAUGUGAACUAUCAACCCAAUUGUACAUGAAUUCCAUCGUGCUUUGCGACCUGAGAUGGGAGGCUUCCUGUCCAAUCGAUGCUAGCCUGGGGCUCUUUUGCCAUGUCGUUAUUAUUCCCUUUCUUUGUUGUCCGUUCUUCUACGAACAUGAUUUUAACCUGCUCUCUCUAAUCUACUUCACCUUUUGUCAAGCCAAGCCAUUCUUACUUUUUUUUCUUCUCACCAUCUCAUUCUUCGAGCAACUGGUUGCUAGAAGCAGUGUACCUUUUUUUAAUAGUCUUCGUCUUC